CCGGAUGUUGUGUGAAACAAUGGCACGCUGCUGUUUCCUGCUUCACUCGUGUUGUAUUAUCGUGCAUUGCCUCUGACUGUGACUGUCCCUUCAGCAGCACAAGAGAGGUGUAACGCGACACUUUUUUUUGUGAAUUAUUAAUGGCAGACAGACGAUUGUGCAAAUAAUCGUCAGUAUGGGGGAUGAUGGCAUAGACUACAACAUAGUUUUUCCAGAGGCACUGAUCUCAGAGAAACACUGGCGCGGAUCAAAACAGCCAGUCGUUAUUCUUCUAGGCUGGGCGGGCAGCAGAGACAAACAUCUUGCCAAAUACAGUUCUAUUUAUAAUGAAAAGGGAUGUGUGACUCUACGCUACACGGCUCCUUUAAAGACAGUUUUUAUUUCAGAACCAAUGGGCUACAAGGAACUAAGAAGCACUGCACACAAAUUACUUGAAGUUCUGUUUGACUACGAGGUGGAGAACAACCCAAUUUUCUUCCAUGUGUUCAGCAAUGGGGGUUUCAUGCUUUACCGCUACAUUGUUGAGUUAUUGCACAGUCACAAGCAGUUCAGCACUCUGUGUGUGGUGGGUACGGUUGUGGACAGUGCCCCGGGCAGUCAAAACGUUAUAGGGGCACUCAGAGCGCUCAAAGCAACCUUAGGGCCCAAAGUUAAUGUGCUACUGCAGUACUUCCUCCUGGCACUGUUUGCUGUGGCCGUUUUCCUUCUCAGGAUUGUUUUGUAUCCUAUGACCAAGUACUUUCACAAGAACCAUUAUGAUGCUAUGAUGGAGCACCCGGCACCUUGGCCUCAGAUGUACCUCUAUUCUAGAGCAGACCGGGUGAUCAGGUACAGGGAUGUGGAGAAGAUGGUUAAAGUGUUGCAGGAGAAAGGGCUGACAGUUGAAAGUUUCGAUUUCAUCACCCCAGCUCAUGUGAGUCUAUACAGAGACUGUCCAGAGGACUACUCCAGCAGGUGCAGGACAUUUCUGUCCCGCUGCAUGAGUUCUUCAGAAGAGAUCAUGACGAAAAAACGCCUUCAAGUACAACACUGAUUAUACAGUUCUUGACCAGCUUGCUGAUAUACACACUGUAAAUGUGCACCAACCAUCCUAUUUGUUAAAUAAUAUGCACUGCUGUUUAAUAAAUUAAACAAAUUGUUCUUAAGCCCUACAUGAAGUUUUAACAAGAUUAAAUUUGUACCCUAACUUACCCUAAUGUAUUUGUCUUAUGCUGUGAAUUAAAAUGUAACUUAGGGGGUUGUUGAUUUGGUACGUUAUUGAGAUUUUUAGACAUUGUGAAUGAGUACGUUUGUGUAUUUAGACAUUGUGAAUGAAUAAAUUAUUGUAUUUAACUAAUGUGCCUUUCGUAAAUAAAAGCUUCUGUUGAAUAA